AUGCCCAUCAAGAGAAACUACAGAGGGCUAGGCCGAACCUCCUCACACCGCCAAGCACUUCUUCGCAACCUCCUCACCUCCCUCGUCCAACAUGAAUCCAUCGAGACUACCUGGCAUAAAGCCAAGGAAACACAAAAGCUAGCCGAUCGACUCAUCACGUAUGGUAAGAAAGGCGAUACACCCGCACAACGAUCCCUCGCGCAGUCAUUUCUGACAAUCCCAACCCUUCUACCAAAAUUAUUUGGACCACUUGCAGAGCGAUUCAAAGAGAGACCCGGUGGUUAUACACGCGUUUUGCGGAUUCCAGACAGACAAGGCGAUAAAGCUGCCUUGGCGGUCCUUGAAUUCGUGGAUGGUCCAAAGGAUGUACGCUUCAGCUUGACGGCAAAGACUAUUGCGCGGAAUCGUGUGCUCGAUCAACCGCUCUCAGAACUGACACUACGGAAUCUUGGGAAAGUGACACGAUUCAGGAAAGAGGGUGAAGCGGCAUUGGAGGAGGCUGUAUUGGCAGAGAGUCAGGUGCUGAGUAAGGCAAUGAAUAAGCGCAAGACGGAAGAGACGUUGUUGCCGUCUGAGGAGACGGCGAGGUUCGCUUCACCAGCACAGGCGAGUGCGCGUGCAGCGCGGUAG